GGCUACAUUGCUAUCUCUAUUUUGUUGUCGUUGUGAAAAGUUGGUAAUUGUGCGUAUAUUACUACUUACCGCGAUCUGUGCAAGUUUUCCCGAAAGGCCUUCGACGCGAGGACGCACGUACACUCCGAAAAUUGUAGUGCGUCGCCUCGUUUUUUGCCUGCGACAACAAGUUGAGUCGCGCUUCGAUUGCAGGCGGCUGCUGAAGAAAUCGCAAAAUACUCAGCAAUUUUUUAACCAGAUCCAGCUAAAGCACAGCGGCAGUAGCAUCAUGGAGAACGGAAGCAAAGGCGCCAUGUCCAUCGAACAGAUGUACCAGAAGAAGUCGCAGCUGGAGCACAUCCUGCUGCGCCCGGACUCGUACAUCGGGUCCGUGGAGUUCACCAAGGAGCUGAUGUGGGUGUACGACAGCUCGCAGAAUCGAAUGGUUCAGCGGGAGAUCGCUUUUGUGCCCGGCCUGUACAAGAUCUUCGACGAGAUCCUCGUGAAUGCGGCCGACAACAAGCAGCGCGACAAGAGCAUGAACACCAUCAAGAUCGACAUCGAUCCGGAGCGGAAUGUGGUGUCCGUGUGGAACAACGGCCAGGGUAUUCCGGUGACCAUGCACAAGGAGCAGAAGAUGUACGUGCCCACGAUGAUCUUCGGUCACCUGCUGACCUCCUCGAACUACAACGAUGACGAGAAGAAGGUCACCGGCGGCAGGAACGGCUACGGAGCGAAACUCUGCAACAUAUUCUCCACCAGCUUCACCGUGGAGACGGCCACGAAGGAGUACAGGAAGAGCUUCAAGCAGACCUGGGGCAACAACAUGGGCAAGGCCUCGGAUGUGCAGAUCAAGGACUUUAGUGGCACCGACUACACUCGCAUCACAUUCAGUCCCGAUCUGGCCAAGUUCAAGAUGGAAACGCUCGACGCAGACAUUGUGGCUCUGAUGUCCCGACGUGCCUACGAUGUGGCCGCCUCGUCCAAGGGCGUUUCCGUCUUCCUCAACGGCAACAAGCUGGCCGUGCGCAACUUCAAGGACUACAUCGACCUACACAUCAAGAGCACGGACGAAGACUCCGGUCCGCCCAUUAAGAUCGUUCACGAGGUGGCCAACGAGCGCUGGGAGGUGGCCUGCUGUCCCUCGGACCGCGGCUUCCAGCAGGUCUCGUUCGUCAACUCGAUAGCCACCUACAAGGGUGGUCGGCAUGUGGACCAUGUGGUGGACAAUCUCAUCAAGCAGCUGCUCGAGGUGCUGAAGAAGAAGAACAAGGGCGGCAUCAACAUCAAGCCCUUCCAGGUGCGCAAUCAUCUGUGGGUUUUCGUCAAUUGUCUGAUUGAGAACCCCACAUUCGACUCGCAAACCAAGGAGAACAUGACGCUGCAACAGAAGGGCUUCGGCUCCAAGUGCACCCUGUCCGAUAAGUUCAUCAACAACAUGUCCAAGUCGGGCAUUGUGGAAUCCGUGCUGGCGUGGGCCAAGUUCAAGGCCCAGAACGACAUUGCCAAGACGGGCGGUCGCAAGUCGAGCAAAAUAAAGGGCAUUCCCAAGCUGGAGGAUGCUAACGAGGCGGGGGGCAAAAAUUCUAUUAACUGCACCCUCAUCCUCACCGAGGGAGACUCAGCCAAAUCCUUGGCUGUUUCCGGUCUGGGCGUCAUUGGCCGCAAUUUCUACGGAGUCUUCCCGCUUAGGGGAAAACUUCUCAACGUGCGAGAGGCUAAUUUCAAGCAGCUGUCCGAGAAUGCCGAGAUCAACAACUUGUGCAAGAUCAUCGGUUUGCAGUACAAAAAGAAGUAUCUCACCGAAGAUGAUCUAAAGACGCUGCGCUACGGCAAGGUGAUGAUCAUGACAGAUCAGGAUCAGGACGGCUCGCACAUCAAGGGUCUGCUGAUCAACUUUAUCCACACCAAUUGGCCGGAGCUGCUGCGUCUGCCCUUUCUGGAGGAAUUUAUUACCCCAAUUGUGAAGGCAACGAAGAAGAACGAGGAGCUCUCGUUCUACUCACUGCCCGAGUUUGAGGAGUGGAAGAACGAUACGGCCAACCACCACACGUACAAUAUCAAGUACUAUAAGGGUCUGGGUACUUCGACCUCCAAGGAGGCGAAGGAGUACUUCCAGGACAUGGAGCGCCAUCGCAUCCUGUUCAAGUACGAUGGCUCGGUGGAUGAUGAGAGCAUUGUAAUGGCCUUCUCCAAGAAGCACAUUGAGUCGCGGAAGGUGUGGCUGACCAACCACAUGGACGAGGUGAAGCGGCGCAAGGAGCUGGGAUUGCCGGAGCGCUAUCUCUACACCAAGGGCACCAAGUACGUCUCCUAUGCGGACUUUAUCAACCUGGAGUUGGUACUGUUCUCCAAUGCGGACAACGAGCGCUCCAUUCCCAGUCUGGUGGACGGUUUGAAGCCGGGUCAGCGCAAGGUGAUGUUCACCUGCUUCAAGAGGAACGACAAGCGAGAGGUGAAGGUGGCCCAGCUGUCGGGUUCGGUGGCCGAGAUGUCGGCCUAUCACCACGGUGAGGUUUCGCUGCAGAUGACCAUCGUUAAUCUGGCCCAGAACUUUGUGGGCGCCAACAAUAUUAAUCUGCUGGAGCCGCGCGGUCAGUUCGGUACUCGCUUGACGGGUGGCAAAGAUUCCGCCAGCGCUCGUUACAUUUUUACUUUGAUGUCUCCCCUAACGCGACUCAUCUUUCAUCCCCUGGACGAUCCGCUGCUGGACUACCAGGUGGAUGAUGGCCAGAAGAUCGAGCCUCUGUGGUACCUGCCCAUCAUACCGAUGGUGCUGAUCAACGGAGCCGAGGGCAUCGGAACCGGCUGGUCCACGAAGAUAGCGAAUCACAAUCCCCGCGAGAUAAUGCGCAACUUGAAGAAGAUGAUCAACGGCGAAGAGCCGGUGGCGAUGCAUCCGUGGUACAAGAAUUUCAAUGGACGCAUGGAGUACGUAUCGGAUGGCCGGUAUGUGCAGACGGGAAACAUCCAAAUACUGCCCAGCAACAAGGUGGAAAUCACCGAACUGCCUGUGGGCGUCUGGACGCAGAACUACAAGGAGAACGUGCUGGAGCCGCUGGCGAGUGGCACCGAAAAGGUCAAGGCAAUUGUAUCCGAUUACAGGGAGUACCAUACGGACACCACCGUGCGCUUCGUAAUUACCUUUGCGCCAGGGGAAUUUGAACGAAUUCAAGCCGAGGAGGGUGGUUUCUAUCGGGUGUUCAAACUCACAACGACGCUCUCCACCAACCAAAUGCACGCUUUCGAUCAGAACAACUGCCUGCGACGAUUCCCCACCUCGAUCGACAUCCUCAAGGAGUUCUUCACGCUGCGCCGUGAAUACUACGCCCGCCGCAAGGACUUCUUGGUGGGCCAGCUGACGGCGCAGGCGGAUCGGCUCAGUGACCAGGCGCGCUUUAUUCUCGAGAAGUGCGAGAAGAAGCUGGUGGUGGAGAACAAGCAGCGAAAGGCCAUGUGCGAUGAGCUGGUGAAGCGUGGCUACCGUCCCGAUCCCGUCAAGGAGUGGCAGCGUCGCAUCAAGAUGGAGGAUGCCGAGCCGGCCAACGAGGAGGACGACGAAGAGGAGGAGGCAGCAGCUCCCAGCAGCAGUUCAAAGGUCAAGAAGGAGAAGGAAGUCGAUCCGGAAAAGGCCUUCAAGAAGCUCACCGAUGUCAAGAAGUUCGACUACCUGCUGGGCAUGUCCAUGUGGAUGCUGACGGAGGAGAAAAAGAACGAGCUGCUCAAACAGCGCGACGCCAAGCUGGCCGAACUCGAGAAUCUGCGCAAGAAAACGCCGGAGCUGCUCUGGCUGGACGAUUUGGAUGCUCUUGAAGCGAAGCUCAAUGAGGUGGAAGAGAAGGAGCGCCUCGAGGAGCAGGGCAUCAAUCUGAAGACUGCCAAGGCGAUGAAGGGUCAGAAGGCAGCUGCCGGCAAGGGCAGGAAGGCUAAGGCAACUGGAACCGCUGCGGGCACAGGAGACAUAUAUCCCGAUCCCGAGGGAGAGCCUGUGGAAUUCAAGGUGACCGAGGAUAUAGUCAAGAAAAUGGCCCUGGCUGCUAAGGCGGCCCAGAAAGAGCCAAAGAAACCAAAGGAACCUAAAGAACCCAAGGAGGCCAAGGUGAAGAAGGAGCCCAAGGGCAAGCAGGUCAAGGCCGAUCCCGAUGCCAGCGGCGGCGAGGAGGUGGACGAGUUUGAUGCCAUGGUCGAGGGCGGCACGAAAGCCUCGCCCAAGGCCAAAAAGGCGGCUGUCAAGAAGGAGCCGGCUGAGAAGAAGCCGCGUCAAAAGAAGGAGAACGGCGGCGGGCUCAAGCAGAGCAAAAUAGAUUUCAGCAAAGCCAAGUCCAAAAAGAGCGACGACGAUUCAGUGGAAGAGGUAACUCCUCGGGCAGAUCGGCCUGGUCGUCGGCAGGCCAGCAAGAAGAUAGACUACAGCUCUCUGUUCUCCGACGAGGAGGAGGGCGGUGGCAACGUGGGAUCCGAUGAUGCUGCCAGUGCCAGUGAUGGCGAUACGCCCAAGCGUCCAGCCAAGCGUAGUCGAGAGGAGGAUAACAGCGGAGGAGGAGCCAAGAAGAAGGCACCGCCGAAGAAGCGGCGCGCCGUCAUCGAAAGCGAUGAUGAUGAAGUUGAAUUCGAUGAUGAUGGGGAUGAUUCUGAUUUCGAGUGUUAGGCCAAAAAGGUAUUGGUACGAGUAUUUAGCAAGCAAAUCGACGAUUGGAAUCAGAAUUAUUCGCAUCGAGAAUCUCGAGGAGGCGCCUUCAUAUAGGAACUUACUCGCUACGAUUGUUUAUAAUUUCAUAGCCCUUCAAUGUUCUCCUCGGAGUUCACGUCAGUGUUUUAUUUUCCGUGUUUCAAUUUUACUUUAGCUAACAACUUCGCUACAUUCGUUUACUCUAGCUGAUUCUGUGCCCCAGAACAGCAAGUUAAGCCAAGAAGAGGAAUUCACAAACAUAAUAUCGAUGUAUUAACAUGUUUUAUAAACAUAGUUUGUAGUCUCAUAAAAGUUUUCUUCAUGUAAAUAAAUCAAUUUUACCUAA